CCGUGGCAAUGUAACCACAGAGUGAGGUGUCUGGACACUUUGUGACUGGCCCGGGGUAAACAUGGAGUGCUCUCGCAGCCGGCGCGUGCUUGCUCUGUGGACGAUUUUGUUCGCCAGCGUUAAUUUUGCAGGUCACAAGCCGAGUGUCCGGGCGGAGUCUCUGGACGCAGUCAAUGUGUCAGCGGUGUCGGGCGGCGAGGCCAUCUUACCCUGCGACACUCGGUCUCCACAGCCGCUUGACACCUUACUCCUAGUCGUGUGGUAUAAGAACGACAUACCUAUAUACAGUUACGACGGCCGAGUGAACGCUGCGUCUGCGCACUGGGCGGACGAUAGUCUCGCUGGGAGAGCAAAAUGGAACGAGAAAGCUCCUUCUGCGCUUCGUAUUUACGAUGUUUUGGCGACAGACCGUGCCAUGUACAGAUGUCGUGUUGACUUUAAGGUGUCGCCGACGAGAAAUCACAAGAUCUCGCUCGAUGUUAUAGAAUUACCGGAGAAACCGAAGAUAUUUGACGAGCUUGACAAAGAAGUAGUCGGAGUAGCCGGCCCUUAUAUAGAAGAUACAAGUCUCAAACUCACCUGCGUUGUAAGUGGAGGGAAACCAAUGCCAAGACUGCGAUGGUGGAGGAAUGACAAGGUCAUAGCCACACUAGAGCCAGUGGAAGAUGGCUCCAGGCUCAGCCUGCUGGAGCUGAGGAUACCGAAGCUCACCAGGGAUUACUUCGAGGCAGUUUAUACAUGUACAGCAGACAACACAAUAUUGGUGCCACCGGCGAGGGUUAAUGUACAGGUUCAACUUUAUUUGAGGCCACUUCUAGUAGAGAUCCUAGCCAGAGAACAGCCUAUUUCAGUCGGACAAGAGGCGGAGAUAGCUUGCAGAGCAGUAGGAGCGCGGCCGCCGGCAGUUAUCACCUGGUUCCUGGAUGAUAAGCCUAUGGAUGCUGCUAUACAAAAGAAUUCCGAAGACAAGAACGAGACGAUAUCCUACCUAAGAUGGACCCCUCGGAUGGAACACGACGGAAGAGUCAUCACGUGUAGGGCUACACACACUAAACUGCAGCAUACUGUACUUGAGUCUACAAUGAAACUCAAUUUGCAUUAUGUUCCGAUAGUGGCCCUUCAGCUCGGCUCCAAGUUGAAUCCCAACGACAUAGAGGAAGGUGAUGAUGUGUACUUCGAGUGUGUAGUCCGCGCUAAUCCGCCGGCUUACAAAGUUGUAUGGGAACACAACGGUGUACUAAUGAUACACAACCAAAGAGCGGGAGUGAUUGCCGGUUCGGCACACCUAGCUCUGCAGGGAGUGGCGCGCGACCAGGCGGGGAAGUACGCGUGUAUAGCGUCCAACGUGGAGGGCGACGGGAAAUCCCCGCCGGUCAACCUUCAAGUUAUUUACAAACCAGUGUGCACAAACACAAUGACAGCUAUAGUCGGUGCCGCCUUCAAUGAACCAGCGAAAGUGACGUGUGAAGUGAACGCGUUUCCCCAGCCGAAGAAUUUCCAAUGGACCCUCAACAACUCCCUGGGGACUAUCGAGUUGGACCCAGGAAAAUACACCAUCGACAGUGCAGGGCGGUCUAUCCUAACAUACACUCCUACGUCAGAAGCCGACUACGGUUCCCUAGCUUGCAGGGCUACCAACUUGGCUGGCCAGCAGAUUGAACCGUGCAGAUACACGCUUCUACCAGCUGUCAGACCUGACCCGCCGUUCAAUUGUACCUCUAUAAACCUCACUGAUGAUUCAGCUGAGCUAAGAUGUGUGGCCGGCUACGACGGCGGUCUCCACACAAUCUACUUCGUAGAAGCUUGGGAGUCGGGCGAUUUGAUUGCCAACGCAUCAACUCCCACGCCAGUUUGGAUACUGAGAGGUCUUGGGUCCGGCAAGGCUUUGAAGUUGUUGUUCUACGCGCACAAUGCGAGAGGACGCUCAGAAACCACCACACUGAGGAUACACACGUUAUCAAGACUGGCUUUACAUACAGAAGCAAAAACAACCAACUCAAGUACGAUGGACACGAGUUGGGCCCUGGGCAUCGUUGCUGGUAUAGGGGGUACCCUGGCCGUGGUCACCAUCAUAGCACUUCUCGCCAGGAGGCGGCAUCAUCAGCCGAUGCAGUAUGAAGCUCCGCUGCAGACCGUAAAGGCGUAUAAAGGGACAAUGCACAGCGCAAACCAUUCGCCAAUGCAGCCGGAUGACAAAAACCCCGACGUGGUACCACUUGGCAAAGACUACAACUGCUCCCGGGACCUGGAGCGUCCCCCAGAGCCACCGCCCUACGGGUCAGUAGUAUCCCCACCGGUGGGUUCCUCUAGAAGUACCCACAGCUUGCAGCAACAUGAAGUGAGGUCGAACACGCCCCACACCCCAAACACGCCGGCAUCUGAUGCUCAGAGCAUCGGCACGCUGGCAGAAGAUCGGAGAAGCGUGACGAGUGGGACUCUGUCACGGCGGAGAGAAGUCGUGACGACAAGGACGCCAUUGCUGGCGAACGCCCGAGAGAGCUGUGUUUAAAUCGACUGACUUUAUGUUAAGGGAAAGUA